AUAAAUGAAACUAGAUUUCUGAAACGUCAACAUUCAACAUGAAUUUUGUCGUGAUGGAAUCUGCUAAUCAAAUUGUGAAUUUCCAUUGAUUUUUAUUUAAUUUCUAUUGCCUGUGCUGUAAUUUUUAGGAAAAUAGCAGUCAAAGUGGUGACGCAUAAUUUUCACAAAGUUUCAAUAUGUAGUGUCGUGUAAAGUGUUGUGAUAUAAUACGAUUUCCCUUCAUAUUUCAUGUUUGCGAGUUUUACUUAAAUUUUCGUCACAAUGUCGCUGCCGGGGAAUGGUAUCUUCGUCGUGCAAGGCGAGAUGGCCAUGCUGGUCACCGCUAUGCGACGUAGCACUCGCUGGGGCUCCCAUUCGUUCCCUAACGAAGAAUAUGAUGUUCUCAUGAGAACCUUUCAAGAUCUCAAAACAAUUUUGAAUCAAGUGGAAGAUCUGAGAAUCCUGGACCCGGCCACCUAUUUGAGUCCUUUCCUAGAAGUAAUUCGAAGCAAGGAGACCACAGGCCCAGUGACAAGUCUUGCUCUUUCAGCAAUACACAAGUUUUUGUCCUAUGGAUUGAUAGACCCAACACACCCCAGUGUGCCAGCCACAGUGGAGGACAUAGCGGAUGCUGUCACACACGCACGGUUUGUGGGAACUGAUCACUCUUCCGAUGGAGUUGUUCUCAUGAAAAUAUUACAGGUCCUUCGCACACUGAUGCUCAGCCCGGAAGGAGCCAUGCUGACUGACGAAAGUGUUUGCGAGAUCAUGCUCAGUUGUUUCCGAAUAUGUUUUGAAACACGCCUCACAGAACUCCUUCGCCGCAACGCAGAACAAUGUCUUCGUGACAUGACGCAGUUAAUCUUCAUGCGUCUGCCGCAGUUCCCGCCAGAGGACGCCACCGCUAGUUUCUCCAGUGUGGGACUGUCGCUGAAGAAGAGGGAGAAGGCGAAGAAGAAAGGCAUUUCUGGGGCUAACAGUACCAAUUCUCUAGAACGGAAAUCAUCAAUAACAGAAAAUGCUACCCCUUCGGCCGAUUCAGAAACUGAUAAUAUUAUCAACAGGCACAACCAAGACAAGAACCUAAUAAACGAAGCUGAAAUAACCAUCGAGCCAGUCGAAUCAGUAAGGACUCCAACAAAAAAACAUGGCCGCCACUCGUCUAUGGAUUUAGCGAGCAGCAACACUAUCACGCAGUUGCUGGAGAAGUGCGUCGCUGACAGCGCCGAGCCGGAGAAGAGAGAUGACGCUAAAGACGCUGAAGUUCCAGAAGUCACCGAAACCGACGGCUCCGGUCAAAGGAAAGAAAUGACCCCUCCCGCUUCCCCUCCACCUGAUGUCGCUUCGGAAGUUAAGGAAACGGAAGCGGGGAACGAAGCUGGCGAGGACAAGAUGGAGGAAUACGUCAACCCGAGAGGAAUCAGGUUUACGCCCCAAGAAGACGCGACACAAUUGCAGCCGUAUGGAUUGGUCUGCGUCAGAGAACUAUUUAGGUUCCUUAUAUCCUUGUGCAACCCGUUGGACGCUCAGAACACAACGGCCAUGGUCCAUUUGGGUCUCAGCCUGGUCGGCACGGCUCUAGAAGUAGGAGCUGAUCAUCUGGCUGAAUACCCAUCGAUGUUGUACCUGGUCAAAGAUCCGCUGUGCAGGAAUUUGUUGAGCUUACUAAGCACAGAAAGGAUAUCAAUAUUCGCUCUAGACCUCCAAAUCUCCUUCUUACUCUUCGAAGCCCUCAGAUUCCACUUGAAAUACCAAAUGGAGGCGUUCUUCAAGAAGAUCAUCGAAAUCAUAUCUUUAGACACGACUAAAGCAAUAUACGAGCUAAAAGAAAUACACCAUUUGGCAUUAGAAAGCUUAUCCCAAAUGUUUAGAAUACCCGGUCUUUGCACUGAGUUGUAUUUGAAUUACGACUGCGAUGUGUACUGCAUGAAUGUAUUCGAAGAAUUAACGAAAUUACUAUCAAAAAACGUCGUGUCUUCAACAGCUUAUAACAUUCAUUCGUUAUCUUUGGAAGCGCUUAUGACGAUUAUAGAAGCGAUCGAGAUGGGGUGUAGUCAGAAGGAGUGUAAGAGCGAGACGGAGGUGGAGGAGAGAGAGACGCAGCGAGGCCGCGGCGGCCAUGUUUGUCUGGAGUUGGGGGGGAUGGAUGACGCGUCAGUGAUGAGUGACCACGUGACGCAUGACAUUAGUCAGUACUUGUGCGGCAGGCCGGCCAGGUAUAGAUUCGUGACUGCGGACAUGCCUACCGAAGCGGAGUUGGAUAAUAUAAGGAAUAUGAAGAAGUGGGUAACCCAGGGCACCGAGCUGUUCAACCAGAAACCGGAGCGCGGCAUAGAGUUCCUGCAAGAGCAUGGAGUGUUGGCAACACCUUUGGAUCCCCACGAAGUUGCCGUUUUUCUAAGGGAGAACCCGGAUUUGGACAAGAAAAUGAUUGGCGAGUACAUCUGCAAGCGGUCGUCUCGCGGCGAAGACGACGGCCCCAGCGUACUCGGCGCCUUCGCGGACAGCUUCGACUUUUCAGGGCUUCGGAUCGAGCAGGCCCUGAGGCUCUACCUGGAGACGUUCAGGCUGCCGGGGGAGGCGCCGCUCAUAUUCCUGGUCAUGGAGAGGUUCGCUGAGAGGUGGCAUACAACAAAUGGGGAGCCAUUCGCGAAUACGGACGCGGCUUUUCGUCUCGCCUACGCCGUCAUCAUGCUCAAUAUGGACCAGCACAACCACAAUGCCAAGAAAUUAAAUGUGCCAAUGACAGUGGAAGACUUUGUGAAGAACCUUAGAGGGUGCAACGGCUCGGGGGACUUCGACCAGGCGAUGUUGGAAGCCGUUUUCCAUUCUAUUAAGAACGAGGAGAUGGUGAUGCCGGCGGAGCGCGUGGGCCCGCUGCGGGACGCCUACCUGUGGCGGGCGCUGCAGCGGCGCGGCGCGGGCGCGGCGGCCCGCUGGCGGGGCUCCGGCCGCCCGCACCGCGCCCGCCUCUUCGCCGGCGCCUGCCCGCCAACGGUGGCAGCACUGUCGGCCGCUUUCGAGCGCGCGCCCAAUCCGUCCCCGGAGGAGAUAGCGAGCAACAACGUGCGCGACAGCGCCGCGCUACUAGCGCUGUCCGGCCUGGAGCGCUGCGCCGCGCUGGUGGCCAAGUUACCCGCUGACUGCCUCACCCUGGACUCCUUGCUGCUCACCCUGUGCAAGUUCACUGGGUUGUUGGCGCACCAGAACAAUUCUUAUAUCGCUAUCGGCGUGACCCUGGGCCAGUCCAACAAGAGCCAGCUGGCGCUGCGGCGGGCGUUCAGUGUGGCGGCGCGGCACGCGGACGCCGUCCGCGACGCGUGGCGACAUCUGCUGGAGAUCGUCAAGACGUUGUACGUCGGCCGGCUGUUGCCUAAGUGUAUGACAGAGGCGGAAGACUACCUGUCUCCCACCGGCACGGUGUCUCUGAUAAGGGAAGCUCCCAGGGGAUCGGAGGCCGGACUUUUGUCCAGUUUAUAUUCUUACAUUGCACUUGGCGAAUCAGCCGUGCGAGCCCCUACGCCACACGAGAAAGCCCUCAUAGACGCGGCGACAGAAUGCGUUGCCAAAUGCAACAUACACAGUCUCCUCGUUACUGAGACGAAGUUCUUGCAGCAGGAGAGUUUGCAGGAACUGAUCCGCGCCAUGGUAACAGUAGGCGCUCCGCCCGAUGCGGAGAACCUUCAGAUGAACCCUCAACUUGAAGACAUCACGAUAUUCUUCUUGGAACUCUUGGGCCAGACCCUCAUACAGAAUAGAGACCGCCUGCUAACCGUAUGGGAGGACGCUGGUCCCCACAUCCGGCUCGUAGUCCUGUGGUCGGCACAGCGCGGGGGCGAAGCCCUGUCUCGGGCUCUGACAUGCCUCCUGCGCACCGCCGCGAGGCUGAUGAGAUGCGACCAGUGCGCCGCCACCGUGUUACACCAUUUAACUAUGUUGUUCCAACUGCCUUAUAAAUUGAUCUAUCAGCAGGCCGAUGUGAUAUCAUGUGGUCUAUACGAGCUGGUUAAAACAUCAGCACAGAACGUGCACACGACAGCGGAUUGGGACGUGGUGUUUGCUCUGCUUCUCGCGGCCGGAGCCGGGGUAUAUCCUACUGCGUCCGCGCAGAGCACAUCGAGCAGAUCGGAGGGCUCAGAAGACGAGACUUGCGAUCGACGCCCAACCAGCGUUUCUUCCGAGAGCGAACUGUCACAUUCCCCGCAAACGCAAGGCUGGAUAGUGGUGAAAAACCCGGAAACCUCCGUGUACGAGCUAGACGCGGAGCCGCGGCAGCACGCCGUCCGGCCGAGCGCGCUGGCGCGCUGCAGCGAGGCGCUGUCGCUGGUGCUGCGCGACGUGGCGCACGUGACGCCCGACAACUGCCGCCUGGCCGUGCGCGCCGUGCGCCUGUUCGCCCGGGCCGCCUUGCCAGGCAAGAAACCAAAAAGUCGCAAGCAGCGUUCUCGUCUGAGGCACGAGGAAUCCAGUGAUGAGGAGGUGGAUACCAUGGACCAGUACCACAUGGUCAGCAUACAGCUCCUGGACUUAAUGCACACGUUACACAGUCGCACUGCACAAAUAUUCAAAUGGUGGCGUGACGAAGCCGAUCAAGGGAGUCAAGGAACAGAAGAAUACGAUUUAUGGGAAGUGGCGUGGAUGCCGCUCUUGCAAGGAAUAGCACAAUUCUGCACGGACAGAAGGAAACAGGUGGCAAACACAGCUAUAGCGUACCUCCAACGAGCAUUACUGGUUCCGGGACUGGCCCACCUGAGCAGCGCCGGCUGGGAGGCCUGUUUCACCCGGGUGCUGUUCCCGCUGCUGGAGCAGAUGCCCGAAUGUGCAGCACGAGCUAACACUAUAAUGUGCAAGGUGUUCCUGCAGCAUCUGUCGGCGCUGUCGCACAGCGCGCGGUUCCCCGCUCUGUGGCGGCGCGUGGCGGCGCUGCAGCUGCGGCUGCGGCGCGCCCGCGACGACGCGCUCGCCGACGCCGCUAGCGAGGCGCUCAAGAACAUGCUGCUCGUCAUGCACUCCGUGCGGGUCAGUGUCACCACGUGUGUGUCUGUCUGUCUGUCUGUCUGUCUGUCUGUCUGUCUGUCUGUGCGCGUGGCGGCGCUGCAGCUGCGGCUGCGGCGCGCCCGCGACGACGCGCUCGCCGACGCCGCUAGCGAGGCGCUCAAGAACAUGCUGCUCGUCAUGCACUCCGUGCGGGUCAGUGUCACCACGUGUGUGUCUGUCUGUCUGUCUGUCUGUCUGUCUGUCUGUCUGUCUGUGCGCGUGGCGGCGCUGCAGCUGCGGCUGCGGCGCGCCCGCGACGACGCGCUCGCCGACGCCGCUAGCGAGGCGCUCAAGAACAUGCUGCUCGUCAUGCACUCCGUGCGGGUCAGUGUCACCACGUGUGUGUCUGUCUGUCUGUCUGUCUGUCUGUCUGUCUGUCUGUCUGUGCGCGUGGCGGCGCUGCAGCUGCGGCUGCGGCGCGCCCGCGACGACGCGCUCGCCGACGCCGCUAGCGAGGCGCUCAAGAACAUGCUGCUCGUCAUGCACUCCGUGCGGGUCAGUGUCACCACGUGUGUGUCUGUCUGUCUGUCUGUCUGUCUGUCUGUCUGUCUGUCUGUGCGCGUGGCGGCGCUGCAGCUGCGGCUGCGGCGCGCCCGCGACGACGCGCUCGCCGACGCCGCUAGCGAGGCGCUCAAGAACAUGCUGCUCGUCAUGCACUCCGUGCGGGUCAGUGUCACCACGUGUGUGUCUGUCUGUCUGUCUGUCUGUCUGUCUGUCUGUCUGUCUGUGCGCGUGGCGGCGCUGCAGCUGCGGCUGCGGCGCGCCCGCGACGACGCGCUCGCCGACGCCGCUAGCGAGGCGCUCAAGAACAUGCUGCUCGUCAUGCACUCCGUGCGGGUCAGUGUCACCACGUGUGUGUCUGUCUGUCUGUCUGUCUGUCUGUCUGUCUGUCUGUCUGUGCGCGUGGCGGCGCUGCAGCUGCGGCUGCGGCGCGCCCGCGACGACGCGCUCGCCGACGCCGCUAGCGAGGCGCUCAAGAACAUGCUGCUCGUCAUGCACUCCGUGCGGAUAUUUAACAACGAUGAUGGCUACAACGAUCUUUGGUACAUCACUUGGGACCUUAUUGGUGAAGUCUUGCCUGACUUGAAGGAAGAAUUGUUCCCGCAAGUGAAAGAUGAUGCGAAGACAGCCAACCUGCCGCCACAUUUGCAGCCAACACUGCCGCCGAGCCUCCCCACCCUGAUCCCAGUCGGAACUCCCAGUACGCCAGUUUUACCACUAAACCCACCUAACCAACCUUUGAUCCAACCCCAACGACCAACAUAUCCAGCGCAAUCGCCGACCAACAUCGCCCAACGUCCUACGUCCAAUAUUCUUGUCCAAUCUCAAUCGCCGACCAAUAUUGGCCAAACUCCGCCAAUAGGGCCAACGUUGGUCGCGCCUACGCCAAUAAGCGGGAUGGUGCCGAUAAGGAAUCAGCUUUAUGACCAGGCCGGAUUGGCGUCCUCUGUCUUACUACAACCUUUGAAUGAGAUGAUAUCGACGCCCAUCGGAAUAUCGAUCCAGAGCCAAAUGCCGAUACUGUACCCGCAGACGACGACCGAACUGCCACAAGCACAGAGCGCACCUGUCAAAAUUGAACCACAGACAAUAUUACCGACCGAACCUGUCAAAAUUGAACCACAGACAAUAUUACCGACCGAACCUGUCAAAAUUGAACCACAGGCAACACUGCCGAUUGAUCCUGUCAAAAUUGAAUCACAUUCACCACAAUCUGUCAAUAUAACACAACACAGCCAUAGACAAGACGUCGACCAAUCAGAGAUCUACGCUGAAUAUCUGACGAAUCCGUACAAUCAGAAUGAGUCGACCAAACAAGCUCUAUACGACCCUGAGAGUUUAACUCCGGAAUUUUCAAAAGAUACCAUAAAUAUAAUUAAUCUAGAUCAGAAAUCGUUCAGCGCGAAUGCGACUCCAAUGCAUAAGAGUAAUAAGGCUCAAUUCGGUUCAACGGAUAACGUCAGGGAUUCGGGUAUAUUUAAUUUUUCGAGUUACUUCGGCGCGGUGAACGAGAGGAGUUCGGAGGUUUUUGAUGCGUUGAUGUCGACGCAAGAAGGAUAGCUCGCAGAGUGAGAUGUGGGUACGUGGUUGUAGAUUUAUGAAGGAAUUAAAGAACUGUUGUAUAUAACGGAUUUAUUAAUAUGGUCAUAGUCAGGUUUUUAUACGAAGCGAUUACCGUCUGACCUCCGCAACGUUGGCACGGGAACCUAACCCAUAUCGGAUCAUGGUGAAAGCUGCACUAGUUGAAUCCCUUAGUCGCCUUUAACAUUGUAUCUAUUACUGUAUUGUAGGUCUAUUCACGAAGGUCAAUAAGGCAUUAUUUUAUUUAUUUGACUUUGACAAAAACAUAAUUUAAACCACCUUAAAGCCUAGUUGUUAUGUAAUAUUCGUGGCGAAAUAAACAAAUUUAAAGUAUGAUAAUAUACAUAACCUUGCUGGGGAAUCUAUUUUUGAAUCAUGGUUACAUAUCCAGUUGCCUGAAAUAUUUUUUCUCUCUCUCAGGGUAAGAACAACGGUUAUCAAACAAAAUAUGUAAAUUUCAAAGUUCGUUACUAGACAUCACGACACAAAAUGUUCAUAUUUAGAUAAUUGUACAUACAUACAUAUAAUCACGUUUAUAUCCCUUGCGGGGUAGACAGGGCCAACAGUCUUGAAAAGACUGAAACACUGCCACAUUCAGUUGUUUGGCUAGAUGGUGUGUGGUCUUAUUCUUUUUCUCUUGGUGCCGGUACCACAACACAAGGCACCAAAAUAUGAUGAUUAUAUACCCCGAAAAAGUAAAUUAAAAAUACCCGGAAUAUAAGUUGAACUUUAAUUAAUAGCUGUGUAGUUCCCAUACCUGCCUUUUCGACAUAAUUUGAAACACAGGUGACAGGGUGGUAAGAUGUUAUGUGAUAUAUUUUGGACUUCAAGGCGUUUGCUAUUAUUAGAGGACGUGACUUCAAAUCCUGCGGGACGCAUUUUUAUGAAAGUGGCUAACAGGUUUCAGAUUACGGAUUUGAAAAUAUGUACCAAUAAAAUUCUUGUAACUAACACUACUAUUCUUAUUAAUGUUGAAUAUUGAAUAGUGUAGAUCAGAUUAUAACAAGCUGUUACGUCGAAAAUAAUUAACAAUUUAUUCUUAUUCUCAGGCCUAAUGUUGAGAGUAUUUCUCUAGAACAUUCCAAAAUGGCCGUCAUGACUCUUUGCUUGACCUAAUCGAUAGCAUCGUGAAUAAAUGUACGAAAAUAAUUAAGAGUAAUAAGUCAGGUCAAGAGUAUUUGUCCUAAACUUGUAUGAAAAGUUUGUAGGGACUCCUGCCUUAUCCAUGAAAGAGGCGUAGCAUGUAGGUUUGUAUGAAUAACUGUAAAAGCGCCCCUGGCGGAUACAAUAGGAACUUAAAGUUUUCAUACAAAUGAUUCACGAGAGUCGAUGAUACCAAGUAAAAUUCAUGGUAGCCGUGUAGGCCAUAAUGUUUUAUUUUAUCAUAUUGUACUAUAAUGUUUUUUAUUAAAAUCUAUUUGUUAUACUUUGUGAAAAUUUUCAGGGUUACUAUAUUAUCUUUAGAUGAAUGUAAAUUCUGUAAUUAUUGUUUCUUUGUAUAGAGAGAGGUAUAUAUAAAACAAUAUCAAUGUAAUAUAUGUUUAACGAUUUAUAAAUAAAUGUGUUUAAUGGAUA